AUGAAUAAAAUGGAUAAUAUGACGUUAAAGGAGAUUCAAAGCAAAUUGCUUUUAUGGGAUUCUUCUGAUACUCCUUUAGCCCCGCUUACUUCCAGCCAGAGAGAAGCAAUUUUGGAUUUGGAAACUCUGAUAUUGUCGCCUGAUGAAGAUGAUGGGACCCAGGAUCCAUCACAAGUAGAUAGCAAUGUUCCUCAAUUAGAAACUACUUUUGAUUUUCUUAACUGGUAUGACAAACUUAAUGAGGAGAGCUUAAAUGCUAAUGAUGAACCCUAUCUGGCUUACCAGAAACAGUUGGAAGAUCGGAGAAAUGAAUGCAUAGCACUGACCGAUCAGAUAAAUGCAACCAUGCUUGACCUAGAUAAGUUAACUAAUGAAUAUAACCUGGUCUCUAAUAAGACAAAUGCUCUACAUACAAUGAGUGAACAAUUGCUGUCAGAUCAGAAUAAGCUCACAGAAAUUGGAGAGGAUAUCAAACAAAAGUUACAUUACUUCACCCAAGUUGAACACUUGGCCCAGCGUCUCAAUAGUAGUACAAUGUCCGUGAACAGUGAAACUUUCUUCAAUGUUCUUUCGAAAAUUGAUGAGUGCUUGGAUUAUAUGAGAGCUAAUAGUUCAUUUAAAGAAGCCCAACUUUACUCGUUUAAGUACCGUCACUUACAAAACAGAGCCAUAUCUCUGAUACAAAACUAUGUAAAUAACAUUCUAAAUCAUGCUACGGAGCAGAUAUUGACACCCGAUGAAUCUAGUGAGAGUGAAAAUGUUGAUACAGCAUAUGCUGUAUAUUUUGGGAAGUUCCUAGCCAUAGCACCCAAGUUAAAGAUGGUGAUUAGUGAAGUGGAGAAAAGGGCAGAACAUAAUGAAGAUUAUUCUGGUCUGUUGUCGUCUCUCCAGCGUGAGUAUGCAUCUCGCCGCUGGUCCGUGGCUGGAGGCGCGGUGGACUCCUCGCUAGCCGCUGCCACCCGUCGUCACUUGCGUGAUCACUGCGCCCUGCUCCGCGCCGCCUGCUCGCUAUUAGCUCUCGCGCUGAAAGAUGAAUGUUCUCUAUAUACCAACUUCUUCACACAUUCCUCGCCCGCGUUAACAGAGUAUCUCCAGUCGCUCUGUAACGGCCUGUAUGAGACGCUCCGUCCUCAAAUCAUUCACAUCAAUCACUUGGAGACGCUCGCCGAGCUCUGUGUCAUACUGAGGGUCGAGGUCAUUGAGGAACAGGUCAAUGAUGAUCCGGCCCUCUCUCCUCUGGGUGUUGCUGCUCGAUCUCUGCUCCAAGACGCUCAGGAACGUCUCGUGUACCGAGCUCAUGUUCACUUGAGAGAUGAUGUGUUAAGAUACCGACCAGCGCCCGGAGACCUCGCAUACCCUGACAAACUACUCAUGAUGGAGCAAAUAGCCAUGUCCCUUCAGGAGCAAAGUUUGAAGCGGAGUGAUUCACGUAACUCGAUGAUAUCCGAUACGUCCUCCACGUCUCAGGAGGUCGCUAAUAUCACGGUCGAGGCCCAAAGAAGACCCCAAGCGUCACCGGCUGACCUCCACGGCAUGUGGUACCCCGGGGUCAGGAGGACCCUGGCUGCAUUAUCAAGACUAUAUCGCUGUCUAGAAAAACGAGUAUUCCAAGGACUUGCACAAGAAGCUAUAUCUCUAUGCGUCCAAAGCGUUGACAGCGCUGCCAAACAAAUAUCAGCUACAAAAACCAGCGUCGACGGAGAAUUGUUCCAGAUAAAACAUCUCCUCAUACUAAGGGAACAAAUCGCACCAUUCCAAGUCGAUUUCGUUGUCAAAGAAACGACUUUAGACUUCAGCAACAUGAAGAAUGCGGCUUACGGUCUGAUACAGAAGCCACGGCAAAUAUUUUCAUUGAACAGCAAUAAUGCUUUACUGGAGUUCCUUUUGGAAGGGACGCCGAUGGUGAAGGAACACUUAUUGGACUCUAGGAAAGAGGUCGACAGACAAUUAAAGGCUUGCUGCGAAACUUUCAUCAAGUAUGCUACGGAGAUCAUGGCUGGACCGCUGGUUGAAUUUAUUGAAAAGGCACAAGCUUUCAGUCCAGCAGAUCAACUGAAGCUUCAGCCGUGGGCUGCUCCGGAUCAACUGGGUCACGUAAUAAAGGAAACUCAGAAGCGUAUUAAGACACACCUCGCGCCUCUACAACGAUCAAUGCAGCUUUAUCUCUCCAACAAAGAAACAGAGUUCAUUCUAUUCAGACCUAUACGAAACAAUGUUGUUGGUUAUUUCGUUCAAAUGGAACAGCUACUGACGAACUUGGGUUAUUCAUAUGAAGACACCCUGAUAGUGGCGUGUCCUACUCCAGAACAGGUUUCGGUGUUCAUUUCUUCAGCAAGUCUUAUUAGCCAUAGUGAAGCUGUUCUGCCUUAUGGCAAGAAGAAGCAGGCGACUGUUAGAAAACCUAGUGUCACUAGUAUACCAGAGACGGACAGCAAAAAUACUGAGGAAAAGGCUAUACAGGAUGUUUAA